GAGAAGAGAGUAGGUAGGAGAACGAGAAUGGCGGCUGAUAGCGGUUGUGUGGUACGUCUACGUGUGGCGUGUUGCUAAGCUUCGUUGCGCGUUGCGUAAAGAAUAAAAUGCCUCAUGCGAUAGAUAAGUGUUAGACGCAACUACAACGGCCUUGUGUUAACGAUGUGAUAGACUAUCGGAAUUUGUAAGAUAAUUUUUCGCUGUCAAACACACACCGUAUCCAGAUAAAAAUGUCAGCUGAAUAUAGCAGGGGUAUUCUAAAGCUAGUUGUUGCUCAGAUUUGUCAGACCAUAGGAUGGCAUUCCAUAAAUUCAACACCAUUGGAGUUCAUGGUAGAUCUUAUGCAAGAAUAUCUGUUACGUGUUUCAAGACUCACACAUGCAUAUGCUGAAGUUUUGGGAAGGACGGAAGCAAAUCUUGACGACUUAGGAUUAGCAUUUCAACACAUGAAUAUUGAUAUACAAGAGUUAGCAGAAUAUAUAAAAAAUGUAGAUUCCGUUCCGUGCGUCAUACAGGUGCCACAAUUUCCAGUUAAGCGUGAGAAUCAUUUGAAUUUUUUAAAACCGGGUAGUCGUGAGGUUGUCACCAGACCAGUACACGUACACGAACAUUUACCAGCUAUGUAUCCAGAUACCGAAGAGGAAUAUGUGCCAGAAAAAAAUGAAAGUCUAACAAAUGGUAUGGCAGAUCUGACAUCUAGUAGUGGGACAUCAUCAGGUAAUUCGAGUAACACUUCGCCUCACAGACUGUCGCCACAGGUAGUUUUCAAACGUCCCGGGGAUCCCGUAUCUUUUGAGAGUCCUAUCGUGAAACGGGCAAAAGUCUUGGAAGAGGGCAGACCAUUGCGCGAAAUAAGCAGCGUCAUGAUGACCACUUCCGGUUUUUUAUCCCCGGCUCGAGAAGGAAAGCUACCUGAAGCGAGAACGCCGCAUCAAGUGUCAAGAUCGGAAUCACCGCAACCGAGCUCUUAUCCGAUGGUGCCGCCUGAAUUGAAGUGUGACAAGAAACCGAAAAAAGUUGUCAAAAAAGGUCCGGAGGAUCGUAAACUCGAUAAAGAAAACAAAAAGAAGAAAGGAAGCGCUAAGGAGUUAUUCAAGCCGGACAAAAUCGACGACAGCAAAAUUAAAAAACUGGUCGGUAUGAAAGAGUUAGCCAAGUUGAAACCGUUGAAGCCGGGCGGUGGCAAGACGCAGCCCGCCACAUUACAAGACGUUACGACGGGUAGUAGACCGUCCACGCCGAAAAUAGCGUCACCAAAAUCAACUGCCGGUAGUCCAAAGUCAUCGAAGGCUGCGCAACCAAAAGUCAAAACCGAGAAGGUGAUAGAUCUUACGAACGAUCUUCCCGUCGCCGAGAAGAAAGAAGACAACAUCGACAAAUUGCCAUCGGAACCGGACAAACAGAAGCUGAACAUAUUCAAAAAGAUCUCAAAACCGCGCGAAGAAAAAGACAAAGACAAGGAGACGCUGGAAACUAAGCAUAAAGAUACUUUGGAUCAUUCGCGUGACCAUUCACCGGAAUUAGUUAUUGAUGACAACAAUGCGGAAAAGCACGCGCAUCGUAAUGACGCCGAAGCGAAGGGAGGUCGCGAGGAGAAGAAAACACCUCAUACACCGGAUGUGCACAUUCAACCGGAUAGCGAUCAAACGGACAUGCAAAGUCCGCCGUCGGAUGUUUACAUGUUUGACGACGCUGACAUUUCGCCACCGGGUACACCCAGCACGCCAAAGACUCCCGAGUUGAGUGUACCUACGGUUCCGGAACAAAAGCGAAAGAAAAAAGAGAAGAGCAAAAAGAAAGAAUCUAAACUGAAGAGUCCGAAACAAUGCGUCAGUCCAAAGAAGACAAAGACACUCUUGAACGAUGCGGCAGAAGUGGAUAUAUUAGAACGACCAAAAACACCUCAAGCACCAGAGCCACCGUUACACAGAGAGCCUACUCUUCCACCUACAAUUCGAUUUCCCUUUUUCCCUCCGUUUCCUACGGCACCCAGUUUAAUACCUCCACCAAUGUUUCCGCAUCCGAGAUUCCCGUUACAACUGGGUCGUGGCGGGCCAGGUCCUCAUCCCGCGAUGCCAAACUUACCGCUACCGCCGCGUUUUCUCAAUCCGCCUAUAAAACCCGAAGAUUUUGCGUUGGCCAAGAUUAAGCCGAUGGAGCGGGAGAAGCCAUUGAUUCCACCACCGGUUGAGUUACCGUCUUCGUCGAUUCCAAACGAGAAUGAGAAAGCAGACAAAGAGAAGGUGGAUAAUAAAUUCACGAAGAUGUUUAAACCGAACAAAGAAUCGCCUUUCAUGAAACUGCCCGAGAGGGUACCACCUGUAGGCGUUGCACCGCCUAUAGUGUCUGCACCUGUCGCACCAAUCACGCUUGUUCCACCAACAGUACUCGCCACGCAAACACCAUCGUCGAAAAACCCUAAAACUGAAAAAGCAGAGAAGAAUGAUAUGGUAAACUCGAAAUCUAAAGAACACAAAAAAGAGAAAAAGGACAAGGUAAAGAAGAAAAAGGACAAGAAAGAGAAACAUAAAGAUAAAGGCGAAAAGGUGAAAGAGAAGAAAGAAAAGGCUGAUAAACGUGAGAAAUUGGAAAAGCUUAAAGAGAAGAAGGAGAAGAAAGAAAAGAAAAAGGAGAAGGACCAAACUAAGAAAAAUAUGAAGGAAGAUAAGAAUCCGGAAGCUGUUCCGAAACUUACGUUAAAGCUGGGUACAGCUUCUCCUAGACCAGCAACACCAGACAAUGCUCCUUCUUUUGCGAAGAAGAUAACCAUCAAACCGCUCGUGAAAAAGCCCGAAGAAGAAAUCAAACGAGAACCUAGUCCAGAAUUGGCGAAAAUAUCGGCACUGGUAACACGACCACCAAAACAAAAGUCAGCAAGUAAGAAAACAGAGGAGGGGAUAUUAGACGGAAGCCUUGCUCUUCCUACAGACUCUUUCUCUACCAAUCUUACUAGUGCUGCAUCAGUUCCUCGAUCAAAAAAAUCUAACUUCCAAAGUCUACCUCAAAGUGAGCCAGUGCCUCAUUUUGACCCUCCUCCUAAACUCCCGAACCCUAUAGCGCCGCCACAACCACCAUAUUAUUUUGAUCAAGGAGGCCGUCAAGUUUGGAUAUGUCCCGCAUGCGGCCACCAGGAUGAUGGCUCGCCGAUGGUCGGCUGUGAUGAUUGUGAUGCGUGGUAUCACUGGGUAUGCGUCGGCAUGCAAGUUCCUCCAGCUGCCGACGAGGACUGGUACUGUCGCUUUUGCAUAGCGAAGAAACAGGAACAGCUUCACGACAAGAAGAAGAAGAAGCGAAAGAAGAAAGUGAAAGCGACAGCCUAGUAUAAGCCAACCGGGUCCAACUGCGUGAGACCCGGUGUUACAGUGCCACCUAUUACCAAAGUCAAAUCGAAGGAUAAUAAAAUCGGUGUGAAAACAAAAAAAGUGCCCAAGAGCGAUGGUAAAACACAACCACCGAUAAAAACAAAACCGAUAGCGGCGAAGGGAAAAAUUGUAAAGAAUGUAGUAAAGGAAAAAACUGUGAAAAAAAAAUAGAAGAUUGUUACAUUGUUUGGUGCAAUUUAAAGAGGAGAAUCAUAUUUUGUAAACUGUGUGAACUACUGUAAAUGACUUCACUUGACACUAACUGUAUUCGUAACGAUAUCUCACAAUGCGAUAUUUGUUGGUGUUUUAGUUAUCAAAACAUAGUGGUUUUUUAAAUGUUUAAAUAUAUAUACAUUUAUACAUGUAUAUAUAUGUAUAUGAAAGACACACCAACAGAUAUCGUAUAAGAUAUAAAAUAUUCUUACUUAUUUUCUGGGAUUCUUCUUUCUUUUUUAGUUUCCUACUUUGUAUACGCACUUACAUGCGUUUAUGUCAUCAACAUGGUUUAUUAUUCAAUGUAACAAAUUGCUAAUAUAUUUUCAUAGCUAGAUUUAAACCACACUUCUUCACACAUUGGCAGAUUUAAUAUGGGAGACACUUCGAAAAAUGCAAAGUUACGUCUUGUUUCAAAGACGUUAUCAUGAAUUAUGUAAAAUAAUAUAACACAAUCGUUGUUACAUUAUGGUGAUGUAUAUAAUUUGUAUAUUUCAUUUCUUUGUUACAUAUAUGUUACAACCGAAGCAUAGAAAAUCUAGUAAGUGUACAUGUGCUUUUAUUUGCACUACUUUUACUAGUAAAUAUAUACAUUCAUUCUCAAAUAGUGUGAGAGUGUCUGGAUUUCUACGCUUUGACUGUAAUAUUAACCAUAUGAUUGUGUGAUCGUGAGAUUGCAGAUAAAAUAUCAAUGAUGAGGUAUUAAUAUAAGAUAUUUUGAUAGCGAUUUUAUUGCAUGUCCUAUACUAUGAGUCAUUUUAUUAAUCCGUCUAAUCAUUUAUAAAUAAUGAUAUUGUAACAUUUGUGUUGUACGUAUAAAAUAUGAGAGAUCUUUUACUUCUGAAAUGUGUAUAUAAGUAUUUAUGAACUGUGAAGCCGACGAUGCCUUCGUUAACAAACAACUAUUCACUAAGCCAAUAACAGCAAUAAAGUAAAACAUGUCUGUAAAAAAAAAAAAAA